AUUGGCAACUCAUUUCCUUUGCACAAUCAGCAAGCUCAACAAGCCUAAUAGAGCUGUCGAUAGGAUUUUUGACAAGAAUAAUUUGAUUUCAAUAUAUAGGCAAACCACGGGGGUUAAAUAUUAAGUCAUGUUGACUCCACCUGAGCAAUUUGGUAUUGUCGAGCCAGGACUUUACCGUUCAGACACGCUACACCCAUCCCAUUUUCCAUUUAUCCGCUCACUCAACCUCAAAACCGCUAUUCUUCUUACACCAGAGCUUCCUUCGCGUGCCAUGUCUAAUUUUUUUGAAGAGAAUCAAAUCCGUCUUAUUGAUUUAGCACUAGGAUCAUGGAAGAAUAAUAUGUCCAACAAUAGCAUUAGUAACAAUAGCAAUAAUAAUAAUAGUAACAACAAUGCUGCUGAUGGACAAGGAAUAGGGGAAGCAGUUAGUGGGUCUGGAGCUGGAGCUGGAACUGGAACUGGGACCGGAAGCGGUGGAGCAUUGGCAAUAGCAGGAGGGGGUACUAAUGUCACGUUGACAACACCUUCAGUUCCCGCAGCGCCUUUCCAAACUAGCUGGUGGAAACCAUUAAGCGAAGAACUAAUCAAAGAUGGUCUGGAGAUGGUUUUGGAUGCCAAAAAUUACCCCAUCAUCGUCAUGGAUACAUCUGGUAUUCAUGAGAUUGGAACAUUUAUGGGAUGUCUGCGUCGACUACAGCAUUGGAAUUUUAGUUCGAUCAUUGUGGAGUAUCGUGCGUAUGCAGGAAGUAAGGCACGAUAUGUUAAUGAGCAAUUCAUAGAGUUGUUUGAUAUUGAUUGGAUCACCUUGCCAGAAUGUCUGCCAACAUGGUGGAUUGAACAGGAACAGAUGUGGGUAUGUUUUCAAAAACCUUUUUCUAUCAUUUUUUUAUCUUUUUGAUGAUAUGGUGGUUUGAACUUGAAUAUGGAAGAGCUUCAAUUCAUUUACAACUUUAAAAUUGAUAAAAAUGGUGAUAGAGAGAAGAAGAAGAAGAGAGAGAGUUGCAGUU